AUGGAAGUCAAGACACUGAACACUUGUACUUGCUAUUUGUGCACCAAAUCAAACACUGAUACAAAAAUGAAAGAAGUCAAAGCAACAACACUUUGUCUUUGGAUCUUAAAGUCCUUAAAACAACUCAACCCCGACCAAGAGUUCUUUUCUUUUAGAUUCGACGUUUGCAACUUCGUCGACUUGCAUUCCUGUGUACUAAAAGAACUCACAUCAAAAUCAAGAAAAACGUGGAAAAAGAAUUUGCUUGACGCACUCAAUAGAAGUGAUCGAGUUGAAAACGGAAAAGACAAUUUUUUGGGAAGAGGAUAUUACAGACUCAAAAAGAGUAAUUCGUCGGAAGAAUCUUUGUCUUCAAUAGUGUUACCACAAUCUCCAACGCACAUCAAAGAAGUUGGAAAAGUUGUUGUGAAGGAACAAGAGGAGAAAGAAAUAAUCAAAAAUACGAUGAUUCACAAUUAUGAUGAACUUGUUAUGUCAUGUUACCAGAGUUCAUUACUUGCACAAAGCCUUUGUCAAUCAACAAAAGCGGAUCACUGCACAUUUGGUAUGGCCAAUAUAACUUUGGGGUCAUUUAAUCGGGCGCAUCAUAUGAGAAAUGUUGUAUUUGAUUUGUAA